AGGGGUAAACCGGAGAUGUCCAAAACCCUUUGCGCAGAAUAGGAAUUUUGCUACUUUUCAGCCAAUCGGAUUUGUUUUCGCCAAAAACAUAAUACUCUUAUAUUUGCUGAAAUGGCGGACAAAUGUCAGUAUCCUGAUAUAUCAGAAAUUCCAAAAAAGAAAAAAAAACAUGGUCGAAAGUGGGAAAGAAAUAGAAAUGAACGAAUAUCAUCACAUGUUAUUGGUUUUCCGUGUCAUUGCAAACGGUAUAAGUGUUUUGAAGAAACGACAGUUGAAGAAAGGGAGUUUUUACUGUUGUACUUUAAUAAAAUGCAAAAUAAAGAUCAUCAAGACAGUUUUCUUGCUUCAAUGAUUAAGGUUUUAAGUAUUAAACGAAGAAGACCUCGGAAAAAAGAAGAAAAAAGGUUUCUUCGUGAUCAUUCAUUCUCUUAUUAUAUCAAAGUGGCACGAGGUAAUAAUAUCGUAAGAGUUCCAGUUUGUAUCAAUGCUAUCUUAUCAAUAUUUGGCAUUGGAAAAUCAAGAAUAGAAAGAAUAAGAGGAUCUCUUGUUAAGACAGGAGUUCCUCCUUUAAACCAGCAAGGAAAACAUACAAAUCGACCUCUCGCCUUUUCAGGGAAUAUUGUAAAUAGUAUCAUUGAUCAUAUCAAAUCUUUUAAAGGACGCCAAAGUCAUUAUGCUUUGCAUGAAACUAGAAAGUUGUAUUUGCCAGAGGAUCUUAAUUUAUCGAAAAUGUAUAAUAUGUACAAAGAGCGUUUCCCACAAAAUAAAGUUUGUCGUGAAAGCUACAGGAAAAUAUUUGCAGAAAAAUUUAACAUCAGCUUUGGUUAUCCUCGUAAAGAUACUUGCUCAACAUGCGACAAGCUCAAUAUUAUACUUGAAAAUCAAGACACUGCUGCAGAUCAUCAGAUCAUCAAAGCUAGUCACGAAAAAGAACUUCAUUUGCGAAAAGCAGAAAUGUUUUAUACCAGAAAGAGAGAAGCACGUAGUAAUUUAAAAACUGGUCAUGUAGCUCUUGCUUUUGACUUUGCGAAGAAUAUGAGUUGUCCUAAUGUUUCUACAAAUGAUGUUUAUUAUCGUAGACAGCUCUCUAUGUACACAUUUAAUAUACACUGCUUAGGUUCAAAUAGUGUUCACUUGUUUUGUUACGAUGAAACUUAUGGGCAAAAAGGAGCGGACAAUGUAGCGAGUAUGCUGGAGUACUAUUUUGAAGACAUUAUACCAAAAGAUGUAUCUCAUUUGCAGCUUUUUUGUGAUUCCUGUGCUGGGCAAAAUAAGAACUGGACUGUUAUUCGUUUUUUGCACUUCAAUGUUGUGAAUAAAAAACGGUUUCACGAAAUAAAGAUAUCUUUCCCAAUAAGAGGCCACAGCUACAUGGAGUGUGACCGAGAUAUGGUGUUAGUUAAUCAGAAGGUUCGAGCAGAGCUACCAGUAUAUUGGAUGGAAGAAUAUCAUACCUGUCGUGAGAAACCUUCGCCAUUUAAAAUUAUCAAGAUGGAACUGAAAAUGUUCUUUAAUUUUUCUGAUCAUAUGAAACAAUUUUACAAAGUUAAAUGUCCAAUACCAACACGUCCUAUACGUGAAAUAAUUUUCUCUCAAGAUUUUCCUACUGUGUUACAAUACAGAUUUAAUUGGAAUGGACCUUUUGAAAGAGUUGUCAUAACAAAAGCUAUAGGAAAAAAGAAGCAGUUAUUGCGAAAACCCCUCACACGUUUGUACAACGAGAGAUUGCCGAUCAGCUGUGCCAAUUAUGCGGACCUUCAAGUUCUAAAAUAUUUUUGCAUGCCAGAGGCCCAGCAGUUUUUUAACGACCUGCCUUACAAAGGUCAGUUAAGUGAUGAUGAAUUAGUAUCAGAAUUGUCUAAAUAUGAGUCAAUUUAAAUUACUGUAACAGUUAGUGAUUAAAGGAAAAAGAUAAAUUUAUUUUGAAGUCAUACUAAAUUUUGUUUUUACAUAAUAUUUAUUACUAUAUUAUUUUAAACAUAGUAGUAUAUUUUUAAAAAUAUAUUAAAAAAGACUUGAUUUUUCAACAGUAAUCAUUUUUGUAUUAUAAAUCUUAAAAUAAAAUCGAAUUCUUUUACACUCUUUAACGUACAUUUUUUUUAAAAGCAAAAUUGUGUUAGAUAAUUCAU